AGCAGCAGUAGCUGCGUUAUGUCACACACCUGCUUCGCGAGGACGACAGCCGUGUGUCGUUCGAUGUUCAACGUUCAAUGACGAAAGUGAUACCUGUGAUCGAUAAUCUAACACCGUUUGCCGUUUCAUUUAUUUCCAGGGCAAAACGGAGCACGGUCAGGUCGUUCCAGGACUAGUCACUAUACAACAGCAUGGCCGAUGACAAGCGGAAGCGACUGUCCUACUGGUACUUUGGUGGACUGGCCAGUGCCGGUGCGGCUUGCUGUACCCACCCGUUGGAUCUACUCAAGGUCACCCUGCAAACCCAGCAGGAGGGUAAAAUCUCGCUGCUGCAGCUGACCGGAAAAGUCGUUCGAACGCAGGGUGUGCUGGCCCUGUACAAUGGCCUAUCGGCAUCCUUGCUGCGUCAGCUUACCUACUCCACUACACGGUUUGGGAUCUACGAGGUCGGCAAGCAAGCCAUGGGACCUGAUUCGGGUUUCAUCGGAAAAGCUUUCUUAGCGGGUGCAGCUGGCGCUGCCGGAGGCUUUGUCGGUACCCCUGCCGAUAUGGUGAACGUUCGCAUGCAGAAUGAUAUCAAGCUUCCUCUGGACCAGAGAAGAAACUACAAGAAUGCGAUCGACGGCCUCUUCCGAGUCUACCGGGAAGAAGGUUUCAGUCGUUUGUUCUCUGGUGCAUCUACUGCUACCUCACGUGCCGUGUUCAUGACCAUCGGACAGCUCUCGUUUUAUGAUUUGGUCAAGGAUCUCCUGCUGAACUCGGGUUACUUCGGUGACAACCUGACGACUCACUUCCUGUCCUCGCUGACGGCGGGUGCGAUCGCCACCACGCUAACCCAACCGUUGGAUGUGCUGAAAACGCGUGCCAUGAACGCCAAACCGGGCGAAUUUGCGAAUGUGUGGGAUAUCGUUAAAUUCACGGCCCGACUGGGUCCACUCGGUUUCUUUAAGGGUUACGUGCCGGCCUUCGUCCGUCUGGGUCCGCACACCAUUCUGACCUUCGUGUUCCUCGAGCAGUUGCGGCUGAAUUUUGGCUACCUCAAGCCGGAGAAGCAGUGAACGCAUUUGGUAUUUCAUCGGGCUUGGGCGAAAAUGCAUGCUAUUGAUUUGAUGUGUAGGGGAGUCGAUGGUCUUAUUGCUAGUUCUUGGAAAGGAUACGGGUUAUCGUCGCAAUUGAAACAUUCAUAGUAGGAGUGGGUAAAAUUUUCGUGUUUAUGUGUUUACGGUAAGCAGCAAAUAACAAAUCGCAUUUGUAGUGUACCUAAUUCUCGGGUAUCAAGCGGUUUUAAUUGAGAAGAAAGAUGCUUUUAUCUGAAUAAGAACGAUUCAGAAAAUUCAAACAAUAUAGCAUUCCACUAAUACUAGUUACUGUUGGUAAGGAGAAAAUAAGGAUACUUUUAUUUUUUUUAAUUUCGCCCAAUUGUGAGAUCAGAAUGUGUAUAAAAAUGAUCAAUAAUACGAUUAUAUUUAUGUUGAA